AUAACACAGAGGCAAGCUAAUAUGGCGGAGCCUGAUGAUCUCUAUACCUUGCGCCAGGAGUUUUACGUGGGUAAUUUUCAGGACAGUGCGCGUUUGGGCCUAAAGGAGUACGACGUGAUUUUUGGCGAAGUGAAGGAGGGCGGGGACACGCCCAUCGCCCUGCAAGCCGUCCGCUGGUUCGCUGAAUACGAGGCCCACCCCGAGCAGCGUGAGGCCGUCGUCGGAAAAUUUCAGACAUCUCUUCAAGAGACUGCCACGGCCUCCUGCCCCUCCCUCCAAACCAUGGCAGCGAUUAUCUUCCUUAAAGAGGGACUUGUCAAGGAUGCCCUUAGGGCCGUGCAUCGAGGCACCACCCUCGAACAGCGCGCCUUGAUGACGGCCAUCUACCUGCGUAUGGACCGGCUCGACCACGCUCAGAAGCAGCUGAAGCUCAUGCAGGCCUCGGACGAAGACGCCACCCUCACUCAGAUGACGGGCGCUUGGGUUGAUCUCGCCCAGGGCGGCACGGGCUACCGUGACGCGCAGCUACUCUUUCAAGAGCUGGUCGCCAAAUACGGCAACAGCGCCCUGCUCUUGAACGGUUUGUACGAGGAAGCCGACAAAUACCUCGCACAAUGUCUCCGAGAGGACCCCGACAAGAGCAACGCCGACACCCUCAUAAACCUUAUCGCCACGGCCCAGCACUUACACAAACCCCCUGAGACGGUGGCCAAGCUCUUGAGCCAAUUGCAAAAGGUGGCACCCGACCACCCUUACGUCCAAAAUCUUGGCACUUUAGAAGGCGCUUUUGACCGUCUCCAGGCUCAGUUCGCCUCCCAUAUCGUGAACGCAUAGGGAAGGACUUCAAAUGUGGCGGGAGGGAUGGAGGGCAGAGCAGGCAGGAGUCCUCACAUGAGGUAAAUGAUGCCAAGAGAAGAAAGAAAUUCUCAAUAGAAAUAAUGCGUAUUGAGA